AUGCAUUGGUUUAGCACCUUGAAUCUUUUCUCUCCAGUUUCGAAUAGGGGAAUCCGAACCCCCAUUCACGCUCUAAACUUUAAAAAUCGAUCAUCAACUCCUAAUGUGAAGAGUUCGUCUUCAACUACAAAAGAUCAGUGUACAUCUCCCCCUGCAAAACGUAGUCGACCAAAUUUCAACGUCGAAGUUUCCCUCAUCUCCCAACUUAAUCAGUCAGAUUGGCUCGAUUGUAGAAAUACUCCAGCUCUCGUUCCCUCCUUCUCUAAUGUAUUGCCUACCAUUAAAACCCGUCGACCUUCCGGUUCAUCUGACGAAAGUGGGAAGAAGUUUUGCUGGAUUUGUCAGGAGCGUCGACCUGGCCAGGAGUUGAAACCCUGUAGUGACUGUCCACGAGCUUACCACCAAAAGUGUCUUGAAAGUUCCGAAAUCGAAAAGAUAAAUAUUGAUUGGGAAGAAGGUUGGCGAUGUCUAUUGUGCCAUGAAGUUGCUACUUGUGAUAAAGAGGAGUUUGAAACGAAUCUUAUUAAAUGGAGGGCUAGUAUCCCAAAGACGAUCUAUGAAAAACAGAUCAAAAAGAUCCUCUGCUUCAUGGUGGACUAUAUGUCUAUUCAAAAUUGGUCUGAACCAUUUCGAGAACCACCUGACGUUAGCGAUACCUUUGCCGUCCGUAUGUCUGUCAGACAUCCAAUGGAUCUUCGUACACUCUAUCAACAAGUGAAUGAUGGCCAAUGCAGGUCACUGAAAUCCUUUCUCUCAGAUUUUCGCUGGAUCGUUCUUAAUUGCAUUCCACCUAGGGAUGAACCGGAGAUUGGCCUUUUGUCGAAAGCCAAACUUCUCGAGCAAAUUUGUCUUCAUGAGUUGGCAUUACUGAGGGCCUGUCCACCUUGCUACCUUAAUCGAAUUAACCAUAUGUCUACGCUUCCUUCAACUUCCUUCGUCUUUUCACCUAUCUCCCAAUGUGAUCCGCACAUUUAUGGUCGUUCGAUGCUGAAAACAAUUCCUCCUGAACCCCAUCAGAGCUCGUGGUUUUGCAAAGUUUGCCCUGUGCUUCAUCCCAUUGUUUGGGUUCGAUACGAAGACGGGAAACGAUGGCCGGCUAAAUUAAUGGAUGAAUUGCCGAACAGUCAGCUCCUUGUGUGCUUUUUCGGUACCUACGUAAUUCGAAAGGCUCCUACAAAGUGUGUUAGCCUUUACACCUGUUUUGAUAUCUCUAUGACCGCUUCUGGCAGUGACUCUACACUAGGAGGAUUCGGCAUUCGACGACUGGUCAACGCCGGCGAAUCCAAAGAUGAAGGGGCCUUUAAUCGAGCAGUAAAACAACUUGGACACCAUGUUGACCUUCUUUAUCAUACUUUCCCGAAAUUCAGAUUUCCAUCGGCUCCCGCAACUCGUGUUCUGCCUUUUUCUCAUCAAUCUCUCGUUAAGUAUUACAAGUCUUUAAAUCGAUGGGCUCCUGUUUUGGAGAAUCACGGGCUGCUUUCGAAUUCUGAACGGGAGGCUCAAGAUAUCGGGCAGAGCUCCACUGUGCCAUCGACAGGUACUUCUAUUGUGGGUCCUUCUAUUUUAUCCCCUGGACCAAAUGGUGAUGAUGCAGAUUCCGCCCUAACAAUAGAACAGCCUUGUCCACCCUCCUCGCCUUCUCUCCCUCCCUCUCUUAUAUCUGUGUCUCCUCCUCCCUCCCAUUCCCCCAAAACCGCAACUAGUACUACUAUAACAACCACCACUACCACGACAGUUUCUGGAAACCACGAUACAGAAGACCUUGUCGAACCUCUUUUGCUGCGCCUUUCUCAAACAACUGCUACUGGCGUCACUACCUCUGAUCGACCACCCGUGGCAACUACAGUGGCUGUGUCUACUACUGAAAGUGAGAGGUCUGCUCAACCAUCUUUUCCUAAAGAAACACUUUCAAAUGUUGGGGAUCCACGUAGGGAGGUUAAUGCGAAUGCAGUGAUGUCAGUGGAACACCAAAUCACGGAUGAGCCUGCUUAUACUCCUUAUACGGAAACGUUUCCUGCAUCCAGUGAAUCGUCCGUUUCCACCCUGCCUCUUCGUCUGUCGGAGAGUCUCUCUCAUAGUGACCUCAGGUCAAAUCUUUUGUCCCACUUUCAAGAAGCGCGAGACUCAUUUUCCAGAAAUUUUCAAUCCCUGCUGGAUGGGCUCUUUCAGAAUCUGGAGGAAACUGUGAAUGAUGUGGCUGUAUCUUCCAGUCGCGGUCCCUCUGCAGCUGCCUCUGAACCAGACUUAACCGUUCCCCCUAGGUCAAUAAGCGAUCAUAGUACUCAAACACCCCAUUGUGUUGUCGUUUCCACACGAUUUCUACAAAGCACUCGUCUAGAGAAAACGCUUCUUAAGGCAGAAGUGCUACGCUUGACCCAAGAGCUAGAGCGUGCAAGGCUAGAAAAGGAGUAUACGCGUUUUGAACUUGCAAGCAACCACCGUGAUCAUUUAUCCGAACUCCGUGCCGUUUGGGAGGCUGAGACUCACGCCAUAGUCGACGGUAUCGUGGAGCUUUGCAGUCAGGAUGCGAGUAAAGCGAUCCAGGAGGUGAAGAAGAAGCAAUGGUGUACAUAUUGUGGAAAUGAAGCUUUCUUCUACUGCUGCUGGAAUACUGUCUAUUGCAAUACCACCUGCCAACAAUUGCAUUGGCCGGAACAUAUGAAUUCAUGCACGCAUCCUAAAUGCCAGGUUGUGUCACAACCCCUUCCAAACCAACGACAAAUGCAUUAA